AUGUACGAGGACAACAAUCGCGCGCGCGAGAGGGGACCGCACGAGCGACGAAGAUCCCCUCUACGAGAUCAACAACAGUAUCCAGACAACGACGGCUUUCGGACGCGGCAGGACUCUUCUAGGUCUCCCCCCAGGAAUAACCUCGAGCUGUCCUACGACGACGAUAACGACGCCGCUGAGGACACCCGCCGUCGUGACCGCGACUGGGAUCGGGACCGGAAUUGGGACCGUGAGACAGCGGAAUAUCGCGCCAGAGACUACGACCGCUACUACCAUGGACCGCCGCGUGAGGCCUACGAGCCACGUUCUAGAUCGGGAGAUCAAGGCAGUGGUCGGGAUGACUAUAUGGAUCGCCGUGAUGAAGACGCUGCGGUACUUCACCCACAUGACGGCGACGACCGCGGAUCACGUCAUUACGAUCGAAGUGGCCGGGGCUACUCUCGCCCUUACUACGACGAUGGCCCUCGCCGCGAUGAUGCCCGACGUGGUCCUGACGAGGAUCUUCAUCAUUUUUCCACCUCUCCAGGUGGCAGCCCAGGUCGCCAUCCUCGUCGCGAUCGUUCUGCAUCGCCUCUUCGACAAGCUGGUGCUCCGAGUGAUACUGUGAUCCUUGAAGGCUUGCCGUCCGACGUGCCUCUGGAAACGGUGCGAGAAUGUCUCUUCCAGCAGUCCGAUCUAUCGCGAUAUCCAUCUGUUGAUGUCCGCAUCCCCUCGGCUGGGCGAGGUAAGCGUCGUGCUUUCGCGCAGUUCGAGAGUGUCGAGCAAGCGGUCGAAUUCGUCAAAGGAAACUACCCCAAGCUUGUUAUCAACUUCUUUGAUGGCGGACCGGAUGGUGACACGGAUGGGGUGACCCUCAUCUACAUCCACUACGCAAGGAACCGCGAUGAUGCCGAGCGAGAAAGCCGCGCUGGACCUGCCGCCAAUUGGAGCUGUCCGACUUGCGACUUUUCAAACUAUGCGACGAGGAGCCGCUGCAAAAAUUGCGGCGGUUCACCCACAGAUCCGUCCCAAUACCGGUAUCUGUUGACUGGUGAGAGUGAUGCGGCCGAUACGCCUUCCCAAAUCUUGGUGUUCUUUCCCUUGGCACCCUCCGUUAAUGAGGAUGUGUUCUCGGCCGGUGCCGCAAAACUUGAACUUGUUCAAAAGCAAGCAUCGGCAAAGAACUCUGGCGACGGGCCAAAGCUCAAGUCCACGGCACCGACUGGCGACGCGUCUGGCUACGGCGCAAGGCCAGGCUCGCUCCACCGCACAUUCUUGAUACGUGAUCAAGACACGAACGAGUCGUUCAACUUUGGAUUCGCUGAGUUCUGGACUGUGGAAGAUGCAUUGGCGGCGAUGCAAAAGUUUAAAAUGAUGCGCGAAUUCACCAUUGCAUCGAAACCCGUCACAGUUUCGACUAUCCACCUUGGCGUCUUCGUGCCAGAACUCCGGGAAGUGACUGCUACUAACGAGCGCGUCUCGUUCAACCCGCUGUUCAACCCGACUAUUCGGGUCAAGUACUGGGAACCCCACGUUUAUCCUAGCCAGAGAGUGAUCACCGAGGUAGCUCCGGGCAGUACCUCUAGGGAUGGAAGCAAAGCAGACGCUACCGAAGAGGCAAAGAAGGGCAAAAAGCGCAAGGCAGACGGAAAUCUGCCCGCCUCUUCAACCAAGAAGUCGGUGCCGAUGGCUGGACAAAUGGCGUUCUGGCAGAAGCGGCAUGUCGAAAUACACGAGGGCAAACGAGCCGCUGAUGCUGCCGGUGAAGAUAGCCAGUCUGAGGGGCGCGCGCCGGUAAAGAUAUCUUUGUCUGGCCCGAACGCAAUUCCUACUGGCCCUAUCAAGAUCUCUCUAACCGGCGCGAGUCUGCCAAAAUCCCCUGUCCCGGCGGCAGCAUCGGUCCCUACUACAUCCUCGCCUUUGCCAGGGGCUGGCGGUCCCGACAAGACAUCCACGACAGAAGCAACAGUAUCUUACGUGGACCGCGAAAAGAUCUGCUGCUUGAUCUGUAUGAUGAAGUACAAAUCCCUAGAUGAUCUCAACACGCACGAGAAGUCGAGAAAUCACAAGAAUGCCACAGCAGACGAGGAAAAGGUCAAGGCAGCCAAGCCGCGACUAGCUGCACGUGACAAGCGGAUGGCGAAACAAGCCGAAGAACAGCCAGCGGUAGCGGCGACGAACGAAGAAGCUGCGCCGCAGUACCGAGACCGCGCCAAGGAGCGAAGGGAAGUCUUUAACCAACCCGCGAAACCCAAGGUCCCCAUUCAAGGCGGUGACAAGUCGGCGCGCAAAGAUGACAAGGCGCCCACCCGUCCGGCGGGGGCCCCAAAGGAGAAGACGCCGCCGUCGCCGCCGCCUCCGCAGUCCAAGGGUGCGGGGAUGUUGGCCAAGAUGGGCUGGAACACGGGACAGGGCCUCGGUGCCAACGGCGACGGCCGCACAGAGGUGAUUGCCACGCACGCGUACCAGGAGGGCGUCGGCCUCGGCGCCGAGGGCGGAAACCUGGGCGACGCGGCGGAGCUUGCGCAGCGCAAGACCACGAACAGUUAUGCGGAGUACGUCAAUACGGUGCAGGAUAGGGCAAGGGAGCGGUAUAACAAGAUGAACUGA